AGACAAGACAAAUUAAAUUUUGUUGAAAAAUAUAUUUUUAAUUUUAUAGUUGAAGUUAUCAAAAAAUAUAGGAAUGAAUACUCAAGAAAUUUCAAUUCCAGUUCCUUGGGGUCAUAUUUCCGCAAAAGUGUAUGGCGACGACUGUAAUUCUGCCGUACUAUGCGUCCACGGAAUUCAAGACAACUGUGAUACGUUUUCGACGCUUCUGCCGUUAUUACCAAAAGAGUACUACUACGUUUGCAUUGACUUACCAGGCCACGGUCACUCUUCGCAUUUCCCCCAAUUUUUGCCGUUAGAAUUGACACAUUUCCUAAUUGCAAUCAAAUUAGUCAAAGAUCAUUUUCGCUGGUCUCAAUUUGUCUACAUAGGCCACAGCUUAGGCGGGGCAGUGGGCACUUGGUUCGCAGCCCUUUAUCCAGAGAGUAUUAAAUGCCUUAUAAUUCUCGAUACUAUGGAACCUCGGGCCGUUGAACGAAACAAUACGGUGGAAACUGUUAAAAGUCGCAUUGACGAUUUACACGUUUUGCUGAGGCGACAGAAUGGUCGCGAUCCGCCAGUUUAUACAUACGAUCAAGCCGUUGAUAAAAUCAAAAGCACACGACCGUCUAAAUUGACAGACGAGUCUGCACAUAUACUGGCUAAAAGAAGUUUAAUCAGAGUAGACGAAAAUCGAUUUAAAUUUGCCUACGAUCAACGCUUAAAAUUGCCAUUUCAUCUGGUCAUGACGUUUGACCAGCAUGAAAAUAUCAUCAAUCGUAUAUCGUGUCCAACCAUAUUCGUAUUGGCCGAUGAAAGCUUUGGGCGCUAUUCAACAUACUUGAAAAACACUUACGACCUUUACAGUACCAGACCCAACGUGACGAUUAGGACCGUAAAAGGCAACCACGACGUGCAUUUGAAUCAUCCCGAACGAAUUGCAGAUUUAAUCAAUGCGUUUAUGUUGUCUAAAAAGUCUAAGCUUUAAUUGUAUACUUUUUAAUAUUUUUUUAAGCAAUGCACUAAUGGACGGUUGAUGACAUUUUUUAAAUAAAAAUAAUAAUGCACGGUGUAUACAGAAGAAAAUAUCAUAAUUUUGUUUAUUAGUUUUAUUUUUUUUUUUAAUUUCUCCCCCAAAAGAAAUGUUGAUACUUUUUUAUCCUAAGUUACCUAAGCUUUUUCCUUAUUGAUUUCGGUUACUGAAAAGUGUACAGUAACAAUAGGUACUGUAAUUUGUUCGUAGUGGUUAAUAGUAGGUACUACUAUUUUUUAUAUUACCAAAAUAUUUGGCGAAGAAAAAAUAUAGCUACCAUAUAUUUUUAAUUAUUAAAAUUAAAAUUAAUGUAUUUUUUUUUUCCCAAUUUAGUUUUAUACUUACUUUUUUAGUAAGUAAAAAUGGAGAAGGUUUUUAAACGUUUUUCGUGGUAAAAGAGAACAGACCGGCUUUAAUUGCAUCACCGGCGCGGCGUACACUCGAGCCCAAGCUUUUGCCCUCAUCAAGCACAGAUUUUACGGGCCGAUGACGGACGAGACAGCCGAGGUGUUACUUGUCAGGUCUGCGAAGCGUGGCAGCGACGGCAUGUACUCGUUCAACGCGGAUCAAAGGCUCAACAAAGUGACCAACAAUCCGAUGUUGUCGCCCGAAAGUCAUUUGAACUUCGUGCAAAGUGUCAAGUGUCCUACACUGCUUAUAAGAGCCAAGGACAGCGUGGAGUACUACGGUACCAUCUACAAACAGGUGUACGACAUAUUUGAAACGAACCCGUACUUCGUGAUGACCGAUGUGGAAGGAAACCAUGAGGUCCACUUGGGUUACCCGGAAAAGGUGUCCGGAAUAAUAAGCCGAGUUUUCAACCACCUUAAUGACUUAAAUCUACGUAAAGAUAAAUGCAUAUUUUGUUUAUAUUUUCGCAAACAUUUCAAGUAAUCAACGAUCAGUGAAUUACAUAUUUACACAACAAUAAAAUAUAUUAUAGAACAAGGACAGAAUUCGUAUAUUCAUUAAGAAUAAUAUAUUAAAAAGCU